AUGUUGCCCCUAAGUCUACCCAGCAAAACGUGGUACUUGUACUGUUCUGGGAUGAACAUUGACGAGAUUGUCUCAUGGCAUCUUCAGGAGGGCAAAGUCACUUUCUUUGCCGGUGAAGAAGCAAGUUGCAACUCGUCCACCUGCCGCGUCUCUAAUCUGUCGCAUCUCUCAUCUGUUUGGAAGACAUUGCUGGAUAAGAAAGUUCCCCGUGAUAUCAAAGACACUGCAAUCAGAAGGAUCCAGACUUUAGCCAAUGGGGACUGGCGCGGUGGACUGUCCAAGCCAUUGGCUGGCCUCCCUAAGGAGUGCAACAUUAAACUGUAUGAGGCAAAGCUCGAUAAAGCUAGACGAAUUCUGUGGGAGCUGACGAUCGUGUUCUCACCUCGGCUCACAGGUAGAGAGAGUGAGAAGAUGCUUGAGUCAGGUAUAGACGAUUCAACACAAACUGCACGCUACUCUGAGGCUAUCCGUGUAUGGGACAUAGUACUAGACCACUCCAAGGUGGCACAUGCAAUGGAUGUUAUUAUGCAGAAGGUGAAGCAAGGCAAGAGGUUUAAGAAGCGCAAAAGUCUGAUGGGAAUCAGCGAAGGAAAGACCUCAAAGGGGACCAAAUUCCGCUCUCCCACUGUCUUUCGGGUGGUUAAGUCCGAACAGUUUGCAAAUAAUGACAAGAUGCUACAUGAGCUGUGUCCUCCAGGCGAAGAUGAGUACCGUGUAAUGAAGCUGUAUUCCUUCACUUCCAUGCUGGUUAAUGCCGUGCUAAACAACAGCCAGGUAGAAGUAGAGUUUCCCUUCCGAGUGACAGAGUUGGAGCAUGCUAUCAUCAACCUCCAGCCUGAGCCGCCGUCCUCGAUCUUGCUGCUUGGCCGAAGCGGAACAGUAAAUCUGGCAGCCACGGUUGUGGACCUUCUAGACCAUUUUUUCCCUUUGUCCUUCGAUCGUCUGUUGCCUGAUCAGGCCCUGUUUGACGGCCCCCUCCCUGUAAUCCUGGAUACCAGCGAUGUCAAGGACCUUCCAUCAUUGCUGGGCAAUUGGAUGACCCCAGAAGAGACAUCUGAAAUUGAGUUUGGUGCUCAUCAGGUAAUCUUGGUUGCCAGCUCUUCAGUGAAACAAGUGGUCAUGUCCAACACUGCUUCAGGGAAACCACUAGCGAUGUUUGACAAGGGCAUAGUCAUGACCAUAGAAGAAGCCAAGGGACUGGAGUUUGAUGACGUCCUGCUGUACAAUUUCUUCAAGGACUCAGAGGGGAUGCUGUUCUGGCAGGCGGGGUUGGAAGACGUCUGUGGUGAACUCGAGGUUGCUCUGCUUGCUCUUCAGCUGAUGGUGCAUGUGGAAGGGGAACAGUGUGUGUCAAUGGCGGGCUGUCCCGCAUCUGCAGACGCUGGUCAGAUUGAUGGGGAUGGAGGCUGUCGGGUUUGA